UUAAUUUACCUUGGUGAGAUGGAAAAAGGGAUAGGUUCUCUGGUGAAAGUUGGGUGGGGAAUUCCAGGCAAGUUGCAGCUGAUGCUAAUGUACACAGCAAAUAUCAUUCACCUGAUAACACGUGACCGUCUGAAAGCACCGGAGCUCCUGGCUGAAAUCCGGCAGCCCGACCGUGUGGUGCAGUAUCCUGUUCGUCCCAAAAUCGUUCGUGUUGGGCCCACCAACAAUACAAAUCACGGGCAGAUUCUCGCUAUACGCGCCGGCAAUCGCGUUCAGAACGCUAAGCCCGCCGACCGUGAAAGUGACCACGCACGAGCCGACUCCCCUCUGCCGGGCGUAGCCGUCGGCCGCGUAGCCGGCGUUGAGCUCAUUGCAGCAGCCGACGCCCGGCUCGGCUAUGAGGUGGUCGAGGAGCGUGAGGUUGAAGUCGCCGGGGACGGAGAAGACGUCCCGGACGCCGAUCUCGACGAGGCGGCGGGCCAGGUGGCGUCCGAGGGUUGCAUCGGGGGCGGCGGUGGCGUGGUGGUGGUGGGAGGAGGAGUCGUGGAGGGCGGUGGUGGGGGAGGUGCCGGUGGGGCACACGACGUGGGAGUUGUCGGGUUUGGCGGAGUCGAGCGAGCUGAGGACGGUGUCCAUCGGCGGCAAGUGGUGGGGGAAAAAAAAAAGAAGAAAAAAAUAAGGCGGUGGAGAUGUGAAAGUGGGGUGGGGAAAAAAGUUACUGCGGCCGGUCCGAAAUCAAAGGUACGCACCGGCCCGGAUAGGAACCGGGAAAUGGAGGCUCAAAUCUAG